CUCAAUCAUAAAUAUCUGACAUAAGCGCAUAAUGUUAUGCAAUGAAUUAUGCAAUAUCAGCUGACCCUCAGGCCACCACCCCCAGGCACCCAAACUGGCGAACUGCAUCCCAACUGCAUCCUCUGCAUCCUCUGCAUCCACUACAUCCUCUGCCACCCUCGCAUCUGCAUGCAUCAAUCCUUCCACCUGCAUUCCAUUCGUUUCCCCCUCCGAUACGCCCGUGGAAUGAGGCGAUGAGUUGGCGCCUGGCCGCAAACGCAUCAUUGUUUGGGCUCCCCCGCAGUGGAUCGGGUGCCUGACCGCCAGCUCUUUGUCUGUCAUCUCAUC